AACCUAUAAAUUCUACUUCCUCCUCGUAAAGUAUGUUUGUUUUUGGACGAAGCGAUGAAAUUAAACUCGACUAUCAUAAAUUCAAGCUUCGCUUUACCGGCCGCCUAAUGUUUAUUAUAAUGGGCGUGUCGAUUUCCUACCAUCCGCAACAUUUCUACGAGCCAAUAUUCGGGAAGCGUUUCAGUUGCAAUUCCCCACUCUUCCAAGACGCAUCGUUUGCGAUGCUUGGCAUUGAGGCUCCUCAAACCGUUCAACAAGUGCUAGUGCCAUGCCGGACAGUGUGCAAGUGCUUGGGACUGGUUCCGGUGUUCGUGGAGAAGGAUUUGCCCAAGUGGAAAAAAUGGUUAAAUGCUGGGCACUUAUUGCUCUUUAUGAUGCUUAUAGCAAGAGGUACCUGGAACUGUUUGCGUCGAGAAUUGACACUAGCGCAUGAUUCCGGAUCAAUGGUGGUUAGGCAUAGUAAUGUUUUGACAAUUUUUACUUACUAUGUGCAACCUUUGUUGGGCAUUAUCACUAGUCGUGCUGUGGCGGGAAAAACAUAUGGUUUAAUCAGCAAUAUUGAAACAAUCGACGGAAUGGUAAUAUAGUUGAGGUCUUUGUGUGUUCGGCAAAUAAUGUUUCAAAAUCAGUUUAUGUCGUUAGGUACUCAAACGUCCUACACUAAGGAAAGAAAUUUCGUUGUGAUGGUAAUAGUCAGUGCCGUCGUUGGAUCUAUCAUUUCAUUUUCGGUUUACUUUCUAUACGACGAUGAAAUGGACUGGGAGUAUUUCUUCGAGACAGUCCACUUCAAUCUUCUUUUCACUAUGACCUGCAUCUAUGGCGUGUCAGUAUCCUAUCUAAUACAUCGACGUUUAUACCUGACAAAUGAAACAAUAAGCAAGCACUUUCCAUCCACCAUUCCGUUGGAUGUGGCCAAAUUACCCGAGAAAGUCAGCAGCGUUACUAGUAGUGAAGAUCAACGGGAAGCACUUAUCAAAAUAAAAUUCAUCGUGGACCAGCUUAAGGACACAAUAUCUUUGGUGAAUCAGUGUUUUUCGCUGCAGGUUUUGUACUGCGUUGGAGUUAGUUUUGUCAUUGGAAUCGUCUGUUCAUUCUACUUAUUUCGAGCGGUCAUAUAUCGCAACGAUCAGCUCGUCAUGGGAGUCGUAAACUUCGUAUGGUAUAUGUACUACAUAUCGUUUGUACUGUUCUUCAUUGCCAUUGGGAGUCGAAUAUCGCAUGAGGGUCAGCGCAUUGGAAUAACCGUUCACAAAGCUAUAAACUUCUGCAAUACUUCCAGAACAGUUAUCAACGAGUUGAUCAUUUUCUCCCAGCAAUUAUUGCAUCACAUACCGGUAAUUACGUGCGGAUUGUUUGUCUACGAUUGGUCACUUUUAUACACGAUGCUUGGAGCUACCGCCACCUACCUCAUCAUCCUGAUUCAGUUCGACGUUUCCUUCCCUAGCUUGGAUGCCAUUGGCAAUCUUACUUCGCAGGAGUAGAGAAAAAGUUUUGUGGCUCGAUAGCUCAUAAAUUGUUCGUUCUACACCGAUGUUGAAAGUUAUAAAUGUGAAAUUUAUUGGAAAUCUUUGAAGGGUCAAUGAAAACU